AUGAAAGAAGAAGGAAGACGCGGGCAUUUUGUAACUGAAGAAUCAAAAAUGGAAGGAAUCAAUUCAUUGACGAUACAUGGAGUGCCUAAAAUCUUCACAACAAAGUCAUACUUCUCAAGAGUGCUGUGGGCCUUAUUAUGCACUUCAACAGUGGUAUUUCUUAUAUACUUCAUGUCGGACGCAAUACGAAAGCAUCUGAAUUUUGAGAUUUAUAUAAAAGAGGAAAGAAUUCCAAAGCAUGAGAUGAGCUUACCAGCUAUUACAAUUUGCAACACCAACUUUUAUUCUGGUGAUGAUGAUGAUUAUGCUGUUAAUCAAGUUCUGCCAAAAAACUGCUCGUACACUGAUGCAGAGUAUUUUGAAACGGAAACUAAUAGAAAGUAUUUUCUGGAUAUCUGCCACUGGUUCCAUGGUGGAAUUAUGGGCGAAUUCAGUCCCAAAAAUAUAUCAUUCCCACAAAAUGCGUCAUUUCUGCCAAAUUUCUGGCCAUGCGUAACCCUGAACAAGAACAAAACGAUGGUGCAGAAACGAGAAAGCCUGAACUCUGGGCUCAAACUUCUGCUGAUAUAUGGCAAAAGGCCAAAUAAGACAGUUCCUUGGUAUGGGAAUGAAAUUUUUGUAGAUGAGAGACAAGGAUUGUUUGUUACAGCUCAUGACCAGAGAGAGGUCAUUCCGGCCUUUUCCGGAAUUUCCCUUCCACCAGGGUAUCAUACCAUUGUAAAACUUCGAAAGAAGGUGAUCCGCAGGAAAGAAAGUCCGUACCCUUCCAAUUGCAUUAAAUCUGGUCAAAAAACUGGUUUCAAUGUCUUUUCUGGGAAGGCUCGUAGAGAUAUCUGUUUAUAUUCCUGUUUAGCCAUACGACAGUAUAAUAUAUGUCAUGCCAUUGAUGCAAGAUGGCGUCCAUUUAUGAACAAGAAAGAGUACCCGAAUACUUUGAAUGUUACCGAUAAGGAGAGGAUUGAUUGCAUGUUUGAGGUUCUUCAAAGUGUCGACGCCGUGAAUUGUAAAUGUAAUGUCUAUUGUGACGAAGAGGUCUACGAGACUCAAACAAGUCGGGUUCCAUGGCCGCAACAAUGGAAAGCAGAGGAACUUACGCGCAUUUUCCCAAGUUUAACAAGUUCAACAAUAAGGCAAACGUUCAUUAAGCUGACUAUUUACUACGAAGAAAUCAGCGAGUUUAGGUACACAGAGGAAGAGAAGUACAGCAUAAUGAAUGUUUGGACUGAUUUUGGAGGACAAAUGGGCUUGUUCAUUGGUGCAUCUUUGAUCUCUUUUGUUGAGAUUUUGUUGUUGCUGCUCGGUUUUCUUCAAAAAGUUUUGAAGAAGAAAAAGAACAUAAUUUCUUCGCCAUCUUUGGGCAGCGAAGCAAGGAAUGGAAAAAGUUGA